AUGAUCGGGUGCGAGUCUGGAGGAGGAGAUGGCGACGCUCACCGUGCAGGGCCUCCAGAGGGACGAAGCCGAGAGCAGGGAGGCGAUGGGCUCCUUCGUGGGCGACGCGAAGGAGAUCUGGGAGCGGCAGAUCUCUGGGGCUCUGCUGGCCGAGCUCGGGAAGGAGCAGAUCUCUCUGUGUGCCGAGAUCGGGGAAACACCAUGAGCGAGUGGGAUCAGACUCACGGGGCGCAGGUGCUCACGAAUUGUGCGAUUGUGACCGCUGUUGGGAGGGGAGCUGCGAGCUGGAUGGCAGACCGCGCCUCGUUUGUCGAAUAUGAGGACAUCCUGGGCGUCUCUGACUUCUGCCGCCGCUUCAACGUGCCCGUGGACGAGCCCAUUCUGGUGGAAGGCUCCGAGAAGGUCCAGCUUUUCAUCCAGAAGCUUGAGGAACACCGAGACUUCAUGACGGAGGCGACCUUCCAAUCCCAAGUGCUUCGACCCUUGGGGCUACGACACGACUCUCCGCACGGACAGGUUUUGGGCGACGUAUUAGAGGGGUUGGUGUUGCAUUGUUGGUCUACGACGGGUGGUAGUUCCCAGGACCCAGAGGCUCAUCUUACCAGAACCACCCUGAAGUACAAGUUUCCUAAUUACACGUGUCGUACGUUUGGGCUGCGCGAGGUUCUGGGGCACGGUUUGGCGUUGGAUUCGCCUUCCGCCUUCAGUCGGUAUCAAGCCUACGUCAGCACUUGGUGUUACACUGAGGAGGGGCGGACCUUUUGGCUGAAUUUGUUGUUCGCCUGCGGGCUGUUUGUGGCUAAAGGGAGAGCCCCCAAACUCGACAACGACCUCGUGGGCUACCACAUCCGGGUGGCUGACUAUACGCUGAGCGAGCUGAGGAGAUUGAGCACGAGCACGGAGUUCGGCCUGCGCGGGCUGGAGGGCCCUCUGGCGAGUGUGCGGCGGGAUUUCCCUGGCGCAGCCGCGGCGGCCGUUUCCAAUCUUGGAGAGUCUUAA